AUGCAGCUGCACCGGCCCAGUGCGCCUCGCGAUGAAGCUCACAUGCAAACGCUGAGGGAACUAGCCAUUCCGCUUAUCAAAGUGAGAGCCCAUGCUGGCACCGCCGGGGGUAAUAACAGCAGUGUCGGCUGUGGAGGCACUGGAAACGGCACACCUAUGGCUCCGUCUACAGCGCCGCGGGUCAACGCGUUACCCAUCUCCUUGCAGAACAUUGCGUUCGUGUCCGUGCUUCAGCGGGCCGCGGCCGAAGCCAAUGCCGCUGCGGCUGCAGCCGCGGCUUUAAAGUUGUCCAGGAACGGUCACCUGGGCCGGCCUUCCAAGCUCAGUUUCUCGGUGCGCGACAUUCUGGACUUACACGAGGUCAAAUCUGGCUGUUCCAGCCCCUCCUACGUUGGAGCCAAUGGACAGUCCCCGGUCUUGCCUGCUGGAGGCGGCGCUGGGGGAACUACGCUUGGUGGUGGAUCGGUUGGAGGCAGUGUCUCCGCGGCCGACCUGUGUGGUGGACCUGUCGGUGGCUGGACCACGACCGGACAUGUACAUGGCGGCAACCCUUCCUCCGGUGGUCUGGGCCAGGACCUGGGCGCGUCUCCGUACUCGCUGCACUACGGCGGAAUGUGCUCCGAUCCGGCGUACCGGUGGUUCCACCCGACGCCGGACAUGCUGUCCUACAGCGCACUCGCGCUGGGCUCGAUGGGAGGCGGAGGCAUGGAUCCCCUACAGGGUCAGCUUCCCGUGGGCUCGGACCCGUCUCCGCUGCUCUCGGAGGCCGGAGAUUUGGGCGAGCCUCCCGCAUUGGCGGCCUCGCCACAUCAGGAGUCGCCAGCGUUGCCGACCGGUAGCACGCCGCUGGUGACGCCCUCUUCAGUAUCACCGGGAUCUAUGAGGCCUCUUCUGGGACCGGCGAGCCCUAACGGCUCGGAAUCGUCGAAGCCGUCAGUGGAUCUCGCGGUUGACGACUCGAACAGCGAGGACGAAGACGGCUGCGACCUCAAGGGUGACGACCUCGGGGCGGGCGGCGCGCAAAACCGCGACGGUGGCGGGACCUCUGGUCCCGGCUCCCAGCAGCAGCCCCAGAAGAAACGGAAACGGCGGGUGCUGUUCUCCAAGGCACAGACGUACGAGCUCGAAAGGCGUUUCCGGCAGCAGAGGUAUCUGUCCGCUCCCGAGCGCGAGCACCUGGCCUCCAUCAUCCGGCUGACGCCGACGCAGGUGAAGAUUUGGUUCCAGAACCACCGCUACAAGACGAAGCGCGCCCGGCAGGAGAAGGGCCUGGACGGGUCGGCCGGCGCCGGCAACCCGCUACCGUCGCCUCGUCGGGUCGCGGUGCCCGUCCUGGUGCGGGACGGAAAGCCCUGCCAGCCCGGCUCGCUCAAGGGGGCCGACGGGUCUUCGUCCGUGCUGCAACCGCCCCAACCUGGAGGAGCCGUACCGUUUGCCGGAGACCUGGGCUCGGCGGCGGCAGCGGCGGCAGUGGCAACGUGCAUGGGAUCACUUGGAGGGAGCGUGAUGCCAACCUACUCGCAUCAGAUGAUGCCGCAUCAACCAAGGCACUGGUGGUAUUGAACGGCCACCAGAAAACCUAUCCUGGAAAACCUCUAAUGUCCGGUGAUUCGUCGAGAGACAGACUGUGUGAGAACUGAGCUCCAGCGUGGUGCGCAUCAAAUAUGCGCUGUGUCCUUGU